UGAUACUCAGUGUGAGACAUGCGAAGAUGCCUUCUACAUGGACGUCUAUAAUGACAAUUUUGAUUGUCAUCAUUGCACGACGUGCACCAAUGAACAUAUGAAGUAUAAGAAGAACUGUACAACGACAAGAGACGCUGUGUGUACAUGUGAUGAGGGCUACAGAUGCAGUGACAGCAACUGCGAGAACUGUGUGAAAGUCCAGACGUAUACUCCGUCCCCUCGUCCUGCUUUUACUGCAACAGCACCGCACACCCAGAAUAAUGUGUGGAUCUCGGUGAGUCUGUGUUUUGUGUGUGUGUGUGUGUGCGUUCUGUUCACCUGUUUCCUUCUUAUCAGCAGACAUGCACGGACAUGUGGAUGGAUCAUGUCAGCAUCAACCGGUUUCUGGUCCUCCAAAAAGAGCAACUCUGGAUCCAGUCAGUGCACAGAGGAAGAAGAGGUACCAAUGCCAGUGCAGGAGGUGUGUGGAAAGACAGAGAAACUGGAGGAUAUCUGAGAAAGGAGGAGGAAGAAGGCCGCUGAUGCGUCUACGGAUUGAGUACUUACUUUAGGACAAAUCUGCUGCUGCCAUUUACUCAAGAGAAGAGUGAGAGGUGAAGAGGUGGCUCAUCUGAAGGUUCUGUGAGAACGACUGUCCAUCCUGAGAAAUGCUGAGAGACAGUCACUGCACAUAAAGACACACUCAACAUUCGACAUGGAGCUAAUCUUUAAGUUUUCUUCUCUGCACACUUGUUUGUAUUUAUAUUAUAAUUGGGUAGUUAAUGCACA